AUGUCGGAGGAGCAUUUGAGGCGUCCCAGUGAUACCGAUGAGGGAAGCCAACGGUCCCGGGGUGAGGGACACUCGAACAAUAAGGGUCGGACGUAUGCGGAAUAUGCCGAGAAUGAUGUUGACGCUGAAGAGGCAGAGCUGGAGGGGAAGGUUCUGCCACUGCUCAGUGCGAAACGGAAGGGUGGCGCUGGCGGAACGCCAGGCAAAUCGCGAAAGACCGAGAUUGGACGCAUCAAUGAGGAAUUCAAACGUCGAAAGAAGGCAGUAAAUGUGGCAGUCGUAAACGACGAAAGGCUUACUCGUAUUCCGCGCAACGUGGAGGAGCGCUAUCUUGGUCAUGUCAAUUAUACCGGACCACGCUUAAGGCGACCGGGAUCCGAGGACGUGCAUGAUAUCGAGCUAUUCCUCCUUCCCAAGUUCACCAUCGAUCAUCAUUACGCUACCAUCGAGGUUCGAGUUCCCGCAUUCUUCCUUUCGUGUAAACGAAAUGUGGCCGCUCGGUUGUCUGCAGUUUGGGGCACCGACAUUUACGCAGAUGACUCGGACAUGGUCGCAAUGUUAAUCCACUCCGGCUGGUACCGUCCGUUCGAUUCCACUGGUGUCAACUAUACAGGCGCAGCGUUUCCAAAUGCUGUGGACAUUGUACCUCCCAAAGUAGAGCCUGGAAAAACCGAAGGUGAACUCGUUGAGGCACAACUUUCGCCGUCUACCGCAACAAAGAUACCGGAUCAACUCAAGGACGGUGCAAAAGCUGCCGACGUCCGCCUAAUUCCUCCAGCCGUGGUGACGCCUAUUGUCGGGAAAGCCGAUCCAAAGGACGGUCUGGCCGAUCAUGACAUUUUCGUGACACUUCGCGUUCUCCCGCGACUCGUCAAGUACGCCGGAUCCCUCAGAAACGGUGUCGAAUCACGCGGUUGGGGUUCAGCGCACGAUGGGGAAAGCGUUCGGAUUGAGAAGGUGGUUGCAGUUGAGAAAGGAAUGGUGUCAAAACAUGGGAGGAAGAGCGCGGCGAAGCAAUGGAGCGCGAUGGCAAAGGUGAUUGGAAAGACGAAGCCAGGCUCAAAGGAGGCAGAUGGAUCCGCAUUGCACGCUGGCUGGGGCGAGGCGGAACCCGCCAAAGGUGCUGGGCCGGUCACGGUGGUGUUCUCUGAUGAUGGAGAAGCAUGCAUCAAGUACGGACAGAGGUUCCUCCUCGACUGGCCACCCUACCUUCGAGCCAAGUGCGAGAAAGCUGCGGUCAAGAAGGUGAUUGGCAAGGAAACUCCGGCCGAGCCCACCAAACCCAGUGACCCAGCCGUUAUCACUUACAUCGACACAUUCGAGGAUUCGGAACUUCUGAAUGCCCAAAAAUGGCCUUACUGGAGAUUGGGACUCUCCAAAGGCUCGUUGAUAAUGGAGGACGGCAAGAGGCACCGGUACGAGCUUGCACUGGCGGAGGUACAUUCAAGCAACCCGCCACCCACAGAGAAGGCCUUCAGUGAAACAUCAACCCGAUCUGAGCCGCGCUACCGCCUAGCCCGCCGUAACAGCAGACUCAACCCACUCCGGCGAUCGUCACUCGAGCGCAAACAAGCGCGAGAACCGCGCGCAGUUGACGCACCGGACAUUAUAGCAUCCGCGCUCAAGGCGGAGGAUAUCGACUGGACGGAUAAGGGCCUUGCUUUGGCGUCAGGCGAGACGGUGAAUGUUGCGAGAUUCUUCUGGAUGACGAACAGCAAGCCAGCUACUAAAUCCGCGCAAGACGCGGAUGUCAAGGGGCUAGGGAUUAAACCUGCAGAGGAGAAGCAGCCAUCGUAA